UCUGUCUGUGCUGUGAUGACCUGUGCAGCUGCCUUAGUGGAAUUUGUCCUCUUGUCACAGAUUUACCAAUAUAUCCAGAGUCGUUUCUAUCGCUCCCCUGAAGUGCUGCUUGGCAUGCCGUAUGACCUGGCCAUUGACAUGUGGUCACUGGGCUGUAUCCUGGUGGAAAUGCACACCGGAGAGCCUCUCUUCAGUGGGUCGAAUGAGGUGGAUCAGAUGAAUAAGAUUGUGGAGGUAGUGGGGAUUCCUCCUAGUCACAUGCUGGAACAGGCACCCAAAGCCCGCAAGUACUUUGAGAAGCUCUCUGACGGGCUGUGGGCUGUCAAAAAAGUGAAGGAUGUGAAGAAGGAAUAUAAAGCAGCCGCUUCCCGCAAACUCCACAACAUCAUUGGCGUCGAGACGGGCGGACCCAAUGGGCGACGGGCAGGUGAACCAGGACACACGCCAGCCGAGUACUUGAAGUUCAAGGACUUGAUUCUGAGGAUGCUGGACUAUGAUCCCAAAACACGAAUCACCCCUUUCUAUGCACUUCAACACAACUUCUUCAAGAAGACCUUGGAUGAAGGGACAAACACAAGUAACAGCAUCUCAACCAGCCCCUCCGUGGAGCACAGUCAGUCAGCAAGCACUGCCAGCUCUUUGUCCAGCUCAGGUACAGGCCACCAGCUGCCCCCCCCAUACCUUGGAGUGCACAUUCCCUCUUCCUCUUCAUCCACCAGCAGAUUGCCUCCAUCACCCAUCUACUCUCCUUUGUUCAUGGUCAUCUUAAAGCUGGUUAUACGUUCAACAUAGGACAUCCAAUAAAUC